AGGACACACAGUGUCACUUCUGGUUGACCAAUCAAACGCAGUCUUGUCUCUUAAGAGUGAAGAAAAGACCAAGAUUCUUUUCAUUUAGCCUGACAGUUUGAACACGAUGAGAUCUGCAGAGUUUGUUUUCUUUCUGACAUGUCUGUUAUUGGGACAGAAAAUGGCUCAGAUGACUGAUGUGAAAUUCUCCUCAUCGGUUCGUCAAGAGAGAAGUUUUGUAUCUGUUAAUACUGGGGACAACUUGACUUUGCAAUGUUUCUAUGACGGUGUUGUUGCAAGGCUUUACUGGUAUAAGCAAACUCUGGGACAGAAACCAAGAAUCAUCUCUACCUACUACAAGUAUGAAAGUAAUGGCACUUUUCAUGAUGAAUUGAAGAACAAUCCACGUUUUGCAUUGGAUACUGAAACUGGUAAAAAUCACUUGAAGAUCACAAAUUUGCGCAUCUCAGACUCAGCUACUUACUACUGCGCAAGCAGCUACUCAUCCAAGUUUGAAUUUGCAGAAGGAACUAUUGUCAAUGUAAAGGCUUCAGGUUUGAACAUCCAAGCUUUGGUCCAUCAGUCGGCAUCUGAGAGCUCUGUGACUCUGAACUGUACAGUACACACUGGGUCCUGUAAUGAUGGAAAUCACAGUGUUUACUGGUUCAAAAACUCUGAAGAAUCUCAACCAGGAAUCAUUUACACACAUGGAGGCAGGAAUGAUCAGUGUGAGAGGAACAGCAACACACAAACACACACCUGUGUCUACAACUUGCCAAUGAAGAGUCUGAAUCUUUCUCAUGCUGGGACCUACUACUGUGCUGUCGCCUCAUGUGGACAGAUACUGUUUGGAAACGGGACCAAGCUGGACGUUGAGCUAGACUCUCCUGUCGUGGUGUAUUUCUUGAGCGGAGCUUUGGUGUUCAUCACCAUCCUCAGUGUUUUACUGGCUUUCUCAGUGUACAAGAUGAAGAGAAACAGCUUCCAAUCUACAGAGUCUCAAGCAAGAAUUUCAGCUCCCUCUACAGUCAAUGCAAAGGGUUACAAAGCUGCAGAAAACCUGUAUUACGCUGCUUUAAGUGUGAAUCUGACCAACAGACGAAGAAGACAGAACCAAACCUGGAGUGAAUGUGUGUACUACAGCGUAAAGUAGUAGAACUGGACAUGUUUCAUUUGUACUUUGUGCAUAAGACAUUAUGUUGUAGAAUCUCUUUGAAGGUGUAACAUGGAUUUAGUUGUAAGUUUGAAAGAAAUAUGUUUUAUAGUUUCUUAAUUCUCUUGCUAUGCUGUAGUAUUUUUAGAAUAUUCUGUUUUUUGUGUGGUCUGAAUCAGAAUAUCUGCACAAUGUUACUUUGUUUUGUGCAAAUAAACUGUGUAUCUAAGUUCAUAUUUAG